GCUCACGCGUCCCGGAAGUAGAGGCGAAGCUGGAAGAGUUUGGAAACAAACUGGCGAUCAGAUGAGAGAGAGUCGACCCUGCGGCGGACAGACUGAUUGUUGACGGCUCCGUGAUCAGACAGCGAGGAGGAGGAGGAUGAUGAUGAAGAAGACUCUGCUGAGUGUGCUGAUCUUCAUCCUCUGGGUGUCAGGCAGCAGCGCGAGGAUCCAUCAGCUCAAUCUCAAGAACGAGACACGCUUACUGGUUCAUUUGAACUCCUUCGGAUAUUUUGCGAACGGUACUCUGGACGUUAAUCUUGUGUCUCUGAAACUACCACAGGACAAGAGUGACCAUGGGAAGGUGGGUUUCAGUCUGGCCCGGUCUCGAGUGAGCGGGAUCCUGUCGUACACAGCGGAGGAGGUGGAGGAGUGUAAGCUGUUGAAGAGUAAGAGUGAAGAUGAGCUCGUCCUCUUCAUCAUUGACACCAAAGACCUCAGCGUUCAGGUGAAACACUUCGGCGGAGGAGACACCACACUGGAGUCCAGACUGAAGCCCAAGACGGAUGGAGAGAAAGCGAGGACCAAAAGAGAAGAUGCAGGGGGUGUGAAGUCAAAAGAGGCGAGCGUUGAAAAGACAAAACCCAAAGAAAAUUCACCAGAUAAGACCAAAGCGAGCACUGUUAGCCAGAAGAAGGUGGAUAGCUUGGACGGGAAGUUGCUGGAGCUGCAGCAGAUCGGUGAUUCCUACAACUUCAGCUUCCGUCUCACGAUGAGCUCCAGCUCACAGGGCCUCUACAACCUGGACUUCCACAACUGCCUCAACACCAAGCCCCUGAGCCCGUACUCUCUCCAGGUGGUGAUCACGGAGAUGAAUCCCACUGGUUAUCUGUCAGCGGCGGAGAUUCCUCUUCCUCGCCUCUACAUCUCCAUGGCUGCCGUCUUCUUCACCGCCGCCGUGGUGUGGACGUACACGCUGCUCAAGUACAGGUACAGUGUGUUUAAGAUCCACUGGCUGAUGGCGGCGCUGGCGUACACUAAAGCUGUUUCUCUGCUCUUUCACAGCAUCAACUAUCACUUCAUCAACUCUGGAGGUCAUCCUAUCGAGGGCUUGGCCGUCAUGUACUACAUCACACACCUGCUGAAGGGGGCUCUGCUGUUCAUCACGCUGGCGCUCAUCGGCACCGGCUUUGCCUUCGUCAAAUACAUCCUGUCGGACAAAGAGAAGAAGAUCUUCAUGAUCGUGAUUCCCCUGCAGGUGUUCCUCGCUGAGAUCCUGUUCCUGGUGGAUCUGAUCUCAUCAUCGAGGGGCGGGGAGGAGGGCUCCUGUUUCUGGAGGGAGAUCCUGUUCCUGGUGGAUCUGAUCUGCUGCGGGGCCGUCCUGUUUCCGGCUCUGAGGUCCAUCCGACACCUGCAGGAGGCUUCCAACACGGACGGCAAAGCUGCUAUGAACCUUGAGAAGUUAAAGCUCUUCAGACAUUAUUAUGUGAUGAUUGUGUGUUAUAUCUACUUCACGCGGAUCAUCGCCAUCCUGCUGAAGCUGUCCGUGCCGUUCCAGUGGCAGUGGUGUCAGGAGUUUUUAGUGGAGGUUUCUACUCUGAUCUUCUUCGUCUUGACAGGAUUUAAGUUCCGACCGGCAUCCAAUAACCCGUAUCUGCAGCUGCCCCAAGACGAGGAGGACCUGGAGAUGGAUGAAGUUAUAACCGAAUCCGGAGCGCUGGAGGGCAUCCACAAGGUGAAGAAAACGUCCAACGGCCGAGAGAGACAAAGAGAAGUUGCGUUGUGAGUGGCAUAUCAAAGAGGGCGGAGCCUGGACUCUCAAACUCCUCCCCUUCCUUAGGUUGCUGUCACGGUACCCACAGACUCACUAUGCAAGUGGAAAAAAAAAAAUACGAAUAGAAAAAAACGUGUGAGAAUAAAGCGCAGCAGACACGAUUUCCGUGAGAGAAUGAGCUGUUUUUCUCGUACAGACUGGGACGACGGUGACACUGACUGAAUCUCUCGCGUUGGUUUACAGUAAUGAUGUGGUCGCUCUGCUCUGUCCGUUAAUUUGUUUGCUCAUUUAUUCCUUCAUUCCAAAGAUGUACAAUCAUUAUACUGGAUGUGUGCUGAUAAAUUGAUUUGUUUGAUUUUA